UAUAGCCAUUGCAUUUAUUAUUGUAAACAAUUAAAAAUAGUUUGAAGCUGAAGUAAUCGCGGGUCAAUGCCAGUAGCAUAAAAUUCCAAAUGUGGGUUAAGUACCGUUACUUGUUCAUUUAAACACGUCGACUUGGCUUGAUGCUUAUCUAAGGAUAAUGCUCUAUGGAUAAUGCUUUUCAAUGUAUAACCCAUAGAUAAUAGGUAUAACCUUAAAAUGUUAUCUGUCAAAACAACGGAUAUUUUUUGAAAAAUAAGUAAAAAAGCGUAUUUGUUUGGUGAUAUAGCGUGUUAACAUGAUAAAACGGUAAAAAUUGCGUGUACUGAACUCGUUACUCGAAAGUUUUAAUAGUUGUUAAAGUGAUGUCUGAUUCAGAAGAAGAACCUUUUUGUAAUUAUUAUGGAACACCUCUUCAGCCUUAUGACGAAGACGCAUUUCCAAAGAAGAGGCCAAUAACCGUUGAAGAGCAAGUGGCAAAAGAUGCUCAGGGUCGUAGAAGAUUCCAUGGAGCAUUUACAGGAGGUUUUUCAGCAGGUUUUUUUAACACUGUUGGUUCUUUGGAAGGUUGGACUCCAAGUGAAUUUAGGAGUUCAAGAAAUGAUAAAGCUAAAAAUGUUGCUCAAGCACCUACAGAUUUCAUGGAUGAUGAAGAUGUAGGAGAGUUUGGAAUAGCUCCCCAAAUUAUUCAAGCUACAAAAGAUUAUACAAGUUCAAACAAGAGGAAGAAAGAAAUAUUUUCAUCUGGUCCAAUUCCUGGUCAACCUGUGCUUCAAUCUUUAAUUGAAUCUUCCACUGAAACUAUAGGUUAUUAUAUUCUUAAAAACAUGACCAUAAAACAGAAGAAGCAAAUGAGACAAGAAUUAGAAGAAAGUAAAUCCCAAACAAGAGUUUAUGGCUGUGAAAUGCCUAAGGAUGUAGAAAAUAUCGAAGGGGUUUUCAAAGAGACUUAUAAUUUGCCUGAUAUUUAUAAGCAUUAUCUUCAAAAUUCCAAAAGUAAUUCUGCUGGUUUGGGACAUUCAGGAUUAAACGACUCCAGGAGUAUUUCGGGUUCUUCACAGUCUCAUUUGUCCAUGACUGACAAAAACAAUAAAAAAAUCUCAAUUUCUGGUCAAGCUUUUGGAGUUGGUGCUUUUGAAGAGGAAGAUGAAGAUAUUUAUUCCAAAGAUGAUAUGACAAAAUACGACUUUGAACUAACAAACGAAAAACAUGAAAUUAAAACUGUGAGACAAUCUCUCGGCGAUUUUGUGUUAUCUAACACUCCACUCGUUUUUAAAAACAACUUUCCACCGCCAAUUAUUCCAAGCAGCUUUACUGGUAAACAUAAUGUUAAAAGGUCUAGGUUUGAACCUCUUCCUGAAGAUAAAAUUAAAGAAAAACAAUAUCUUCCCAAACGAAAAGAUAUUAACGCUAGUGUAAGGGCUAAAUAUUUAGGAGACUCUUCUGAUAAUCGAGACGAACAUAAUGAUGUAUCUAGUUCAUCUAGAUCUUCAGAACCCUCAAGUAUAGACGUUAAAGAUGAAAGUGAGGUCAGCAAAAGUGAUUUUAAAAUGUCGAAUUUGUUAUUCGAUAAAUUUGUAACGGCCUCACAAUCAGAUGAACACGUUACAUCUAAAGAAUCGACAGAAAUCUUACAUGGUAAUAAAGAAAUGCACGAUGCAGUAAGAUUAAAAAUGUUUGGCCCUUUAACUAGAAUAACAUCAACUUGGCAACCUUGUUCUUUACUAUGUAAAAGGUUUAACGUUCCUGAACCCCAAUUCAGAGAUGAUAAUUCUGCUCAGUCUACCAAAAGGAAGAAACAUCUUAUUUUCGAAUACCAAAAGCAUGCUGAACAGCUUCCCACUAUGUCCGGAAUCAGCUCGUCGUCUACUUUUCAUGAAAAAAUAGUCGUUAAACAAGAAAUUUCUGAAAAGAUUGAAGAAGAAAUACCAGUAAAAUCAACUGAAGAAGAUCCUGUAAACGUUGAGACUUCCGCGGAUAAUGAAGAAAAAGAUGUAAAUAAUUCCUUACCACUCAUUAAAAAUUAUAAUGAAAAAAUUGAUGUCUCCAAACAAGUAGAUCUUUUCAAAGCAGUUUUUCUAAGUAGUAGUGAAUCGGAAAGUGAAGAUGACGAAGCUGAAAAACAAAAUAGACUCAAAGAAGUAAGAGAAAGUAUUUUAAGUGAGUCAUUACUGCCCAAAAUUAAACCAACUACUAAAGGAAUUUUAUCAGACAUAGAUUUUUCGUCUCUUAAUAACGAUAAUAAAAUAGUGGAAAAUAAUACAGAAGAAAAGGACAAAAAUGAACAAAAAGAUGAUAAUGUGACAACAUCUCACGAAUCAUUUAAGUCUGAUGAUAACAAUUCAUAUGGUCCACAGCUACCAAAUAAAAAAGCAGAUUUUAAAUCCCAUACAUAUUCUAGAGCUACUGCAAUAGAUGACGAUAGCGAUGAAUGGGUCGAAAAACAAGAUAAGCCAAAGAAACAUAAAAAACACAAGAAAAAACAUAAAAAAGAAAAAAGUAAGGGUAAACGUGAGCACAAAUCGAAGUAUUGAAGUACUUAGGCUAUGUUUCUGUAAUUCUUUGUAUAUUACUUUUUUUUUUUUAAUUAAAUUACUACUAAUUA